AGAAGUAUUUCUUUUGCCCCAAGAGGUUGGAAAGUCUAGUUUCGAAAUUCCACGCCCCUUUUGAGUUUCUUCGUUUUCCUUCGUUUUUCCACGACCAUUUCUCAAAGAAUUUAGGUUCUAGCGCGAUCGAUUCUACAAGUGCAUAAACGAAUUCGUCUCCAGUGACAAAUGCAAGAAACGACUGAUUUACAGUCAAGCCAAGUGAAGAAAAUUCUUUAUUCUGUUUCCAUAGACGCGGAUAGGGAUAGCUAAAGAAAAUAGAUGAGAUGAAGGCCUUAAGAAGAUGCAGUAAUAAUUUGGAGGCUGAUAAUGUAGUUUUGAUAGACGUAGAUACUUAUAGUUUCAAUAAUGUAAUCGACAUUGAUCUAAUUGAGAAUCUUGCAAAGAAACGAGGAGGUUCAGGUAGAUUGACAAACGAAAAGAAUCGCCCUUCAAGGACAUAUAUCUACAUAGAUGAAGAUGAUGAAGAUGAAAUCCCGAGUGAAACAAACUUUGAAAAUGUUGCUUCAUCCAGCAGCAGGAGAUAUGAUCGCAGUGAUGAAGAAAAUAUCUCUCCAUUGAAGUUAUCAAAAGGGAAAAGAACUUAUAGUUUAAGCACACAGUCUGAUGAUGAUGAUGAUGAUGAUGAUGAACAUAUUGAUUGUGAAUUGAUGGAGGAUUCUUCUGGGAAACUAAGGGAGGAGUGGGAAAGAGCUUUUAUGAAGAGAAAAGGUGAUGAUUAUGGCAAUGUAAACAAAGAAAAAGAAAAACAUGGUGAAGAUUGGAGUGUUGAAGGAAAAUGUGGUGUUGGGAAUGAGGAUGGAAUUCCAUGUGGUAUGGUUGAUGUUGAGUGUGGUCCAGGUGGCAAGACAAACCAAGAUCAGUUUGAUGAGAUAGCCUGUGGUUGUGCUUGUAGUAGUAAUGAUAAUGAGGAGGAGAGUCAGAGUGAUGAUGUCAGCGUUGACAACUCUAUUAUUGAUCAACGUGAAAAGCUUAAACAGACUGAGGAAUACAAGCGGGCAUUAGAGCAAGAAUUGUCCGCCAGGCAAAUAGCCUUAAAGAUCCAGGCAGAAGAAGCUCAGCAGUUGCGUCGUCUGCAAAAAAGAAGAAAAGCGGAAACCUUGCGUUUAUUAGACAUGGAGAGAAGACAAAAGCAACGUGUCGAAGAAAUCCGUCAAACUCAAAAAAAGGAUGAGGAAAAUAUGAAUUUGAAAGAACGAUACCGUACGGAAGUUAGAGAGGAGCUCCAGAAGCUGGAAAUCAUGUGUCCUGAUAUGGCUUCAUUAUUGCGUGGUUUAGGCAUCCAAGUUGGUGAAGGUCCUUGCCCAUUAUCUAAUGAGGUGCGUGCAGCUUAUAAGAGGGCAUUACUGAGCUUUCACCCAGAUAGAGCCUCCGGAUCUGACAUGAGGCAGCAGGUCGAGGCUGAAGAAAAGUUUAAACUUAUAUCUCGCAUGAAGGAGAAAUUUUCCCUAUAAAAAGUCUGUAAAGCUUUACAAACAUUUAUUUACUGUUACUCUUUUCGUUAAAUAUCAAAACUCUCUUUGGUUUUUACCUAGGAUUUUUAAUUACAGCUUGUGUUAUCAAGCAGUUUUUGUUGUGUUUUUUCUUUUACCGAUUUGGAUGGUAAUGGUUAAAAAUAUGGAGUUAGACCAAUGUUGUUUGUUUCUAAAUUAUAACC